CAAGAGAAGUGAAAAUGGCAAAGGCUGUAGCACUCGUGGCCUCUGCCCUCUGCCUCUUGGCCUUGUCUGGAUUGGCUCACGGAGCUGCGGGCAAAAACAAAGACAGCAAGUUCACCAUUGAAGGCAAGGUUUACUGUGACCCAUGUCGCGUCCAAUUUGUCACCAAGUUGAGUCAAUUCCUCGAAGGUGCGGAUGUGGUCCUGUUAUGCAAAAAUGAGGAGACUGGAAACGUGACAUACACCGUUAACGGAAAAUCUGGCAAAGAUGGGAGCUACAGUUUAAAGGCAGAAGGAGAUCACGGUGAUGAGAUUUGUGAAGUGAAGGUGGCGACAAGCCCCAAACCAGACACCUGUGGUGAAGCCAUGGAUGAAACAGCCCCAGUCACCCUCACCGAUAACGGCAUGUCCUCUGACAUUCGCUACGCCAACUACAUUGGCUUCAUGAAAAAGGACCCCGAAGCGGAGUGCCCUAAGGUCCUCGAGGAGUUGGGUAUCUCCCCUGAUGAUUCUGAUGAGGAUGUCGCUCCCGAAGAACCUACUAAUUAAAUUUAAUAAGCUAGCCACAUUAAUUCCAUGCAAGUACAAUUUAUUUGGCUUUUGCAUAACUUGAUAACAAUCCACUUCUCUUGCAUGCAAUCAAGGUGUAUGGAAAUUUGCUAGGUAUAAUGACAAUGAGUACUUGAGUUGAUAAAUCCAUUGUAUUAAUAUUUUGGCCUUAAUUUUUGUUGUGGGUGACAA